AUGACGGACACCCCAACCAAAGUCAACACCCCAAACAUGGUCCACGAAGUGGUCCAUGAGCAUCCUAGCCCAGACCUUUUAUCCGCUAAAAAGAGAGUGGUUUGUAUUGCUAUUGAUGGAUCUCAAUUCAGCGACCAUGCUAUCUCCUGGGCACUCGAAAAUGUCCUUCGUAAGGAGACAGACCAGGUUGUCUUGCUGAACGUUAGACCUUAUCCUCUAGUCUCCAUGGUGAGCACUCCUCUUGUUGACUAUAGCUUGUCUUCAGAUCAAGAAGAAGCUUCCAAUAAAUCGGCUUCGCAUCGACUGCUCGUUAAUGCCGCCAAUACGAUUACCCUUGCAGGUUUCAGUGUUCGAGCCAUUGCACUCCGAGGGGAUGCUCGUGAGGAGUUGGACUUUAAGAUCCGGGAACUUAAAGCUGACUUGGUUGUGAUUGGCUCCCGAGGACUCAGCACCUUUAAACGACUCCUUCUAGGAUCGGUUUCUGCCCAUCUUGCAAAUACCCUGACUGUGCCCCUGCUGAUUACUCGUGGCCCUACUACCAACCCAUCGUCAUAG